UAUCAUGCCGAUGUGGCUUGGUUUACUAGCUGCUAGCUAGGAGCUAAUAAUAAUAUUUUCGCCUGUUUUUCCCUAAAUAUUACCUGCAGCAUCAAAUAUUACACGAAGGGAGUCUGCAGACGGUUGUUCUGCUGUUAAAGACUGCUUCUUUGCAUCUGGGACAAUGAAUCGGAACCCUCCUUCAGCUGUGUGGAGAUGACCUGCCACCCAUUUGGGAAUGGUCAGAAUGGGGCCAGAUGUGCCCCUUCUUAAUGAGUACAAGCAGGAGUUCUUCUGGAAGCGCUUCCCCCAGACUGUGUUGGGGGGUCCACGCUUCAAGUUGGGCUACUGUGCCCCGCCAUAUGUCUAUGUCAAUCAAGCAGUCUUGUUCCUGACACCAUGGCUUUUUGGGGGAAUCAGUACUCUGUUAUGUCAGCUGCAACUGCUUCAGGAGCUCCAUGCUGCAGUACUCUCUGGUAUGCUCAUGCUCGGGGCUGCAGUGGGUGUCCAGGCCCUGGCAAUGUAUGCUGCCCGCCGGAGUGGCACAGUGGAAAGGCUUGGUGCCCCCAACAUCCUGGUUGAUGAAGAAGAAGUGGAAUUUACCCACUGCGUAAGCCCAGAGACAGUCCGCUUCAUUGCCCCUGGGAAGAGGUUUGGACUAAAUGUAGUGUUGCAUUCAGUCCUCGCUGGGUUACUAUGUGGCUUUGGGACCUGGUAUGUGUUUCUUGGCAGACUGACUGCUCUAUACAGCAGCAUCGGUGUAUCCCUGGUUGUGUUUGUUCUCAGCUGGGUGACCCUAUGUAUAGCUGAGUAUUCCCUCAUUGUAAACACAGCCACUGAAACGGCCACUUUCCAAGCACAGGACACUUAUGAGAUUACCCCACUCACUCGGCCCCUGUACAUUUUCAUUUUUAUCGCUGUGGACUUGGCUUAUAGGUUCUCAGGUACUGUCCCUGAGCUCCACCUUGCCAGUCAGGUUCUCCAUGUGCUGUUCCUCUUUCUACCUCUGCUGUGGGCACUAGGAAUACUGCCUCCCCUCGAUGCCCUGCUCCUCUGGGGCAUGGAGCAGGCUCUUGUGUUUGGCUUCGGAGGCUCGCCCAUGUCCAGCAACCUCAGGCUGCUGUUGAUGUUUGGCGCAUCUGCCACUGUAGCUGUGUGUAAUUACUUCAUCCCAUCAACGCUGGGUGUGGUUCUCUUUUCUGUUUCUAUGGGAUUUCUGUUGAGUCUGGACCUCAGCCAGAUUGGCACGCUCUGUAAAGGACAUACACCAACCUUUGUGGACCAUCGAUUGCGUAAAGGAGGGUCACCACCACCUCCUUCUCCCAGUUCCUUUGGUUGGAAUCUGGGCUGUAGGGAGCUGCUACUAUAUUUGAGCCUGCUACUGGUGGCAAUGGCAGAGGCAGGACUGUUGCAUCACUUCCUCGGUUUAGCUCAGUCCCAGAGCUUUGUGACAGGACCCCAGGCUCCUGUCAGCUACCUCCUCCUUAUACUCUUCUGCCUGUGCUGGGCUCUAAAAGAGAUCCAGGGGGCUUAUGUAUUUGGAGGCGUGUUUCUUAAUCCACUGUAUCCUAAAGGCAUGUCCAGUGUCCAAACCUUCAAGCAGAGGAACAGAGGUCUGUACAUAGCUGCAGCAAUCAGACGAGUCCUUCUUAAUCUUGUGUCUCCUCUUGGAAUGAUCGCUUUCCUGUCUAUGGAUGACUCUCUUCAGCAGCUUCAUAAGGCCUCCCUCUGUGUGGGAUUUACCCGGGCCUUCAGAGUGGUGUGGCAAAGCUCGGAGGAUGCCCUGCUCCACAUGGUGGUGGUGAUCUUGGUGCGGCUUGCAGCUGAAAACAAAGCGCUGCCAGGGUGGGACAACCUGGGCACAGGAGUUCAGCUUCUUUUGGUGGGCCUCCUGAUCGACAGAUUGACCCAGUUCAUGGCCAAGCUAAAGUUCACCCUGACUGUGCUGGUGACAUCUUGGACGGAGAAGAAGCAGCGUCGUCAGUCAGCUGGAACUCUGCUGGCUCUGAACGCCUCCCUGUGUCCACUGCUGCUGGCAGUCGUGACCCUCUCUGCCCUGCUCUCUGCCCCUCUCUUGCCCCUGUUCACGCUGCCCAUCUUCCUGGUGGGGUUCCCCAGGCCACAGCGUAGUUGGCCAGGCCCUGUGGGAACAGCCUGCCCCUGCCCAGACUCCAUCUUUUACCAGCAGAUGAGUGGAAGUCUGGCCUCUGCUCUGAGGAUGGCUUUUGCAAGAGGGUCACUGGGUUCUUUAGCCCCAGGGUCUCAUUUUCUUGGGCGAUUUCAGGACCGUAUGGUUUGGAUAAUGAUCCUGGAGAGAGGGUAUGGCUACUGCACAGUCAACAUUAAGGGUUUGGAGCUUCAGGAGACAUCUUGCCACACAGUUGAGGCACGGAGGGUGGACGAGGUGUUUGAAGCUGCGUUUGAGCGGCCCGAGCGGCUCGGUUUCACCCAGGGCUUUAACCUGCACUGGGGGAAUGCUCUCACCCCAUGUGCUGUACUCGCAGUACGUGUCUAUUCAGAUGCCCGAAAUGUGCUCUCUGGCAUCAUCGACUCACACGAUAACCUGAGGAAACUGCAGGAUGACUUCCUCAAAGCGUUGGUCUGGCUCCUCCUCCGGUACUGUGUUCAGAAGCAUAAAGGGUUUCUGUGGAGCUGUGAAGAAGGGCUGGGGGUCGGAGGCAGGAAGUCACAGUCUUCCCAGCUGGCCCAGACCACAUGCACUCAGCCACCUGAGGCCGUCAUGGUGGAAUCCAAUGGGUCUUCUCUCAGGUUCAGACAGGACAGCUCCAGCUUGACUUCAUUUGGUGACUGGUCAGAUGAGGAUGACUUGUUUGGACCUCAACCUGCCAGACGCACAGUGGCAUUAGUGACUGCAGAGGCCCAACCUGGACACACAAUGCUGCAGACUGGGGCCUCUCUGCCAGGUUCUGUGGAGAUGGACAGUCUUUUUGAAAACAUGGCCCUCUCUGCCCUGCAGCCGUUGCAGCCUCUGGGACUGGGCAUCGGGUUGCCAGCAGUGGAUAAAGGCCAGAACCCAGAGGUGUUCAGAGAAAACCCUGGCUCCCUCCCUCAUCUGAAUUUCAGCUGCCCCCAGUCAGAGGUAUUCAACCUGCCGGCAGGAUGGAGGACGGCACCGUUGCUGCCAUCUCGUCUGAUGCAGCUCAGACCUUUGUUCCCUGAGGACUGGUUUCGGUUUGCAUUGGGGCGCUUUGGACCUACAGUGCAGGGCGAGACCUCAGAGGACAUGACCAAAGCCCUGAAGGAGGAUGAAGCCUUGAGAGAGCUUCAUGCUCAGGUUGCUCUUUCAUGUCUCAUCUCACUUGGGGCAGAGUCGGCCUUCACCAGUCCCAGUUAUGUCUACAGACUUUACUGUGGAGAUGUACCGUGGACAGAAGGUCUCGACUGGCUUUCCUCCAGUAAAGAACUUUACCAGCUUGCACUUCAGGCUUUCAGGUUCAGUUUCAAGCUGCUGUUUGAUCAAGCGAGCCUUGGGCCUAUGGAGUCCCCUGAAGAAUUGUUCAGCACCUUGGAGGAUUAUGAACGGGACUGGUACAUCGGCCUGGUGACGGAGAAAGGCUGGCAUGACAGUGUCCUUCAUGAGAAACCAUUCCUGUUCUCAUUAGGACAUGACCUCGCCAUGGGUACAUACACGGGGCGAGUUCUAUCCCUUCAGGAGCAGCUGGUGCAGGUGGGUCGUCUGAACGGGGAGGGGGUACGAGGACAGUGGGCAAACCUCUCCUGGGAGCUUCUGUACGCUACCAAUGACGACGAGGAACGUUACAGCAUCCAGGCUCACCCCUUCAUGCUAAGGAACCUAACUGUUCAGGCAGCAGAUCCUCCUCUAGGAUACCCCAUUUACUCCUCUGCCCCCCUUCACUUCCCCUGCCUCUGACCCGUGGGAUCUUCUGUCCUGCUCUGUUUAUCACUUAGCAGCUAAAAAGGCUUUUCAAUUGGUACUAUCGUGGCAAAAUGUGAAUUUCCCAACUGAACAGUUAUAGUUAAAUUCACAUGGAGGAGACGGACUGAAACAGUUGACUCACAUAAAGUCAAAAGAGAUGUCUGGUUGGAAACCUAAUUUUUCACAUUCAUUUAAUUUCUUGGUGCUAAACAUACCGCACCACAGAGGAACAAACAGUGGCGUCACUGCUGUACAAAUUGCAAAAUUUUAAACAGACUUCAACUGUCAGUGUGGACUACUUCCCACAACAGCACAUUAAAGAUACACAUCUUUGACACACAGUUAACCAUUCAUUGAUUUCCACUACAACACAUUGAAAUUUUGUGGUUUGUUUAUUAAUGUUUGUGCUUAAAAAGUGAAAACAUUUGCCCACCUCCCUUUUAGGAGACACCUGCGAAAUACCUCUGGUUUUAUUGUACUUUUUAGAUUUCACAAUUUUCAGGUAACUCCAACCCCAUGUCCAUAAAAAGGGACACAAAUUUUAAUGUUUUUUAUUAAUAUAUCAAGGAUGUGCCUUGGAUAUGUCUUGCUGUAUGUGUAAAGUGUUUAGUGCUGUUGUUCUGUUUACAAUUCACUUGUUUACAAUUUAGAAUGAGUUGAAUGGUUUUGUCCAUAGUAUCUUGUAAAUAUUGUAUUUUUUUAUAUGUAUAACUGUAUAUAUUAAAAUAGCUUGGCAGAAGCA